AUGGCGACGGCGCAUAACGAACUGUGUCCAGAGCUGAUUGUUGAAAUCUUCACAAGAUUACCAACGCAAUCCCUUCUCCGGUUUAGAUCAGUGUCGAAAUCAAUAUGUGGUAUGAUCGGCAGUCCAGAUUUCAUCCGAUUGCAUGCUGUUCGAUCCCCGAAGAAAUUCACGGUGAUACACCGUGUUAAUUACAAAGCAGAAGGAAUCACUAAAAGCAUGUAUACAAUAAAUUCGGCAGGGGAGGGGCAACUGUCAUACAUCGGCACAACACCAAUCGAGUAUCCUUUCGGACAUGUGAAUAUCGUUGGUUCAUGUAACGGGAUUCUUUGUGUUUAUGAAAUUGACAAAAGAAUUAUUCAUUUGUGGAAACCUUCAAUCAGGCGCAAAGCAACCGUGCUUUUUCCUCCGGUUUGGACUCCUGGCUUGGCCCUGGGGUUUGGUUUCGACCCAAGUAUCGACGAUUACAAGAUUUUGUGGACAGUAAGAGGAGGAGAGGUUUCGUUUGUUUAUACCAUGAAGACACACACUUGGCGUGAGAUUGCUUCCCAUGCUGAUAUGGAUCGCUUAUCGGUCGUGAAAUCUCCCAUGAUGUGUCUUUUCAACGGAGCAUUGCAUUGGGCUGUGAAAAGGGAUUCUAGACGCAGUGGUGGUUGUUAUGUGAUGACGUUUGAUCUGAGCUCCGAGGUUUUUUCUACCAUUGAGUUGCCUGAACCUAGUUGGGAGACCGAUACAGUGACAGUUAUCAAAGGUUGUCUGGCUGUGGUUUCUUCUUCUUCGAAGGAUGUUGAUGCUAGCAGCAGGAUUUGGGUGAGGAAUACUGAUGCCGCUUGGUCUCUUGCUUUUAAGUUGGAUAUGCGUCAACCCGUACAGUCCAUCAAUGGUGAUUUGGUGUUCAGCGGUUGUUACUCUUCUAAGGGGAUCCUAGAUUAUCAUGAUCCUGAGACAGGGGUGCCAUCGAGACUUGUCGACUUGACCGGUUCUUCUUCUUAUGUAACUGCCAUGAUUACAUGCAUCGAAAGCCUUGAAUUGUUACACUUUGGGACUUCAUGCCAUCAGGGAAAACAGGCCUUGGAUUGUUAG